AUGUGCGCGGUGUCGGAAGCGAAAGCUACUAAGUAUCUGAAGUCAGGGGAAGACGUAGCCUUCGGGAACGUACCGCAGCUCCUCAAAGCAGAUGGAACGGUUACCACCGAUCAUGAGGAACAGGCGGAAGAACUACUGACUAAAUUCUUCCCACCGCUGCCGGACAACAUUAACGAUGAGGGAACCAGGCCACAAAGAGCGCCGGUAGAGAUGCCGACCAUCACUAUGGAAGAGGUAGAGCGGCAGUUGCUCGCAACGAAGUCAUGGAAGGCGCCAGGUGAGGAUGGCCUGCCGGCCAUAGUGUGGAAGAUGACCUGGCCUAUAGUCAAACACUGGGUCCUCGAUCUCUUCCAGGCGUCACUGGAAGAAGGCACGGUGCUGAAACAGUGGAGACACGCAAAGAUUAUUCCGCUGAGAAAACCGAACAAGGAAGACUACACCAUUGCCAAGGCAUGGAGGCCAAUUUCACUGCUCGCGACGCUAGGCAAGAUCCUGGAGUCCGUGGUGGCAGAAAGGAUCUCGCACGCAGUGGAGACCCACGGCCUGCUCCCGACUAGCCACUUUGGGGCCCGAAAGCAGCGGUCCGCGGACUUCGAUGUCAAGGGGGCCUACAAUGGGGGCUCACCCCUAUCUCCAAUCCUCUUUCUCUUCUUCAACGCAGACCUUGUGCAGAGACCGAUCGACGGCCAAGGAGGAGUAAUUGCCUUCGUGGAUGACUUUACCGCAUGGGUUACAGGGCUAACCGUGCAGAGUAAUCGGGAAGGUAUCACAACCAUUAUCAAUGAAGCCCUCGACUGGGAGAGGAGGAGCGGAGCGACUUUUGAAGCAGACAAAACGGCGAUUAUACAUUUCGCACCCAAGGCUCGCAAAGUGGAUCAAGAGCCGUUCACUGUCAAGGGACAGACGGUCGAGCCUAAAAGCAAGGUCAAAAUCCUAGGGGUCCUGAUGGACACGCGACUAAAGUACAAGGAGCAUAUUGCGAGGGCAGCAUCUAAGGGCCUAGAGGCCGCGAUGGAGCUACGACGGCUCCGAGGCCUCUCCCCAGCGACCGCACGACAGCUCUUCACAGCGACCGUGGCUCCGGUGGUCGACUAUGCGUCUAAUAUUUGGAUGCACGCAUUCAAGAAUAAGAACAUCGGACCGAUCAACUGA